AUGACCACUCAUUAUUUUGAUUUUUACAAUUAUGAAGAAGAUUUAACUACUUUAACUUUUGCUGUAUUUUGUGAGUUUCAAGUUGUGAAUAAGCCCAAAUUAGAAAUUGAAUUCGCCAGUCUUCCUUUGAUUUUUCAAAAUGUUGUUGCUACUAAACCAUCAACAACCACGACUCCCCCCGCAACAAAUAAUGAAGCAAGUAAACCAGAGAUAGGACUACCACCUAUUUCGAAUAAAAACGAAAAUACAAUAUUUCCCGUCGCUUUACCAGCGCCUUCCAUGCCACCAAUCUCUAAUCCACCAGAACCAAACAAUCCAAAUUCAGAUUUAACUACGAUCACUUUAGCAAAAUCUAAUCCUCCAGGAUCAGAAGAAAUUGUUCCUAACGCCAGCAUGACGAUAAACUUACCCGUCUCUAAUCCGCCAGAUUCUACAGCUCCAGAUCCAGAUUUGACAAAAUCUCCAAUUAAUUUAGUAAUUUCAGAGCUACCUUUAAAUCCAUCAGUUCCGACUACAAAAGAAUUAGAAAACCCGACAAUUGUUAUUUCUAAUCCACCAGAAAUUACGAUAUCAAGCGGUCCACAAAAAGAUCCCAUCUCGCCAAUAGGCCAACCAACUGAUUUUUUCAUUUUGAGCUUGGAUAUUUUCAUAAGAGAUUACUAUGACGAAGAUGGAGUAGGAGUUGCUUAUUCUAUGCAAAUGCUAAAAACGAACAAGGGUGAUGUCUGGGAUAUUAUAUUUAAAGAUAAAGUGCAACAAUUUCAAAGAUCCAAUAAGCGUACCAGUGUACCUGAUAACAUUCUUAUUCGAAAUAUGUCAAGAUCAGAUGCAAAGAUUGGCAUGGCAAUUAAUCGUAAACCCGUCAUCAUCAUCAAAAGAUAUGUCACAGAAAAAGGAGAGGUCAAAGAUAAAUUUCCAAAUGGAGGUGAAAUUCAGAUCAAGACACCUCCGAUAUUUAAAGUUGCAGUAUUUCAAGAUUCUUUUGAUACCAGGAAAUCAAAAGAAAUUGAUAAGUCAAAAAUUCUUGCAUUUAAAGUUGUCGAAUUUGGGAUUAAUAAUCAUGUAACUUUUGGCGUAAGUGGUAGCUUAAAGAAACUUGUUCCUAAUAUUCAAUAUAGCUAUUUUAAACCCAAAUGA